AUGUCAGUAGGAGGAGCUUGUGGAUAUGGCGUGGCAGUGGCAAAUCCACCGCUAUACGCGAUGGUUUCAGCCGGAGGCCCUUCACUAUUCAACAAUGGAAAAGGAUGUGGAACAUGUUAUCAGAUUAUGUGCACCGGGAAUCCAGCAUGUUCAGGGAGCCCAAUAACGGUGACGAUAACGGACGAGUGUCCCGGUGGUCCUUGCGUCUCUGAGCCAGUUCAUUUUGACCUUAGUGGCAAAGCCAUGGGAGCCUUAGCCAAACCUGGCCAAGCCGCUCAACUACGAAGCGCUGGUCCUGUAAGUGUUAGUUACAGACGGUACGAUUAA